AUGGAACGUAGUUUGUGGAAUUUCGCUCUUGGUGGUAUUUUGGGUGGUACUAUUGGUGUAAUUACAUUCCCUUUUAAUGUUGUAAAAACACGAAUGCAGUCGAGUGUUGGUGGAUGCUUUAUUGGACUUCGUUCAACUUUUGUAUCAUUGGUUUAUGAAGAGUCUAAUAAACCUAAUGUUUUGAGACUGUUCCGUGGUGUACCUGCUAAUUUCAUACGUUCUAUUUCUCAUGGGGUUUGA